AUGACGGUGUUCUCCGUUUUGCUCUGCGACAACCACAAGUGUCACGGGACUCGUCUGAAGGUAACCGAGCUCCAGAGUGCUCCCCAGCAUCCCAUGGAGGUGCUGCAAUCCCAGCCUGUCAAGGGCGGCCACGCUCCAUCCAACGGCAAUAUGUCAGAGAAGAAGAGCAGCAGUAGUUAUGACAUUGGGGAGUUGGCCACUUCCUCCCUGAUGGGACUGGUGGCGAUGAUCAAGGAGCACAUCACCAAGCCCACGGCCAUGGCCCAGGGGCGUGUUGCACACCUCAUAGAGUGGAAUGGCUGGGGGGGCGGGUGUGAAAGAGGAGGCGACUUGCAGGAAGAUGAGCAGCUCUAUUCCCACCUGACCAACGAGAUCAAGUAGGCCCGUUUUGCCGCAGGAGUAGCAGAGCAAUUUGCAUUGGCUGAAACGGCCAUGAAUGUCUGGACGAUGUACGAAGGUCCAGAACAGCUAUCCUCCAGCUUAGACCCUCUGCAAGACAGCCACUUCAUGUCUCACUUUCUGUUAGACGUUGGCAGCGUUGGGCUCCCUCAGCAGCUCUACAGUAUCCACACAAAGGCCAACAACAACUACGAUGCUGGCUACCUGGGGCCUCCACACCCAGUCUUUUCUGUUUCCCCCAUAUCUCCCCCCUCUCAGCCAGGCAGUGAGCGGCGCCCCCCAGAGGACGGGAGGACUGGAGCUUCAGAGGCCACCACCGUUCAACACGUAGACAGCAGUUCCCUAUAUGAGGAUUACGUUUUUUACAACUAUCAGAACAGAAGAGAAGACACUGUUUGGGGGACACUUCCAUCCCCACCUUUAAAAACGGAGAUGAAACAGAAGCACUAA